CCGCGCCCUUAUUUAAAGUGUGGCCGGGGCGCUGCGUGGUGCCGCUCCUUGGAUGCGCGGGGCCGUCCCCGAAAACAGGGGGGGAAGAGGAAGGAGGGAAGAGUAGGAGGGAUCCUGGCAAGUUCAGUUUGGUACCAAGUAGCGGCUGGGCUGUGGGGCUCGGCUCGGAGAUGGAUAAGGAUGAGAUCCACCUGCGCAGGCUGCCGGCACCGCAUGCAGACAGGGAGUUCCGUGGGGUGGAUUUUCUGCCAGAAGAUCUCAACGAGGCUCCGGAGGAGACAGAAAUGAGGGUGAACAAGACAUACUCCUGUCUACCUGCUGAGGAGAAGGGGAUCCACAUCAUCAACAUCCGAGCUAUUGAGGAUAUAGGAUAUGAUCAGCAUGAGAGUACAUUAUUAAAUUCCCUAUCCAAAAAUCCAGAUGCUGACUGCAAAUUCGGACUCUACUUCAGAGAUGGCAAGAGAAAAGUAGACUACAUCCUAGUUUAUCAAUACAAGAAGUCCUCAGCAGGGAGGACACUCGCCAGGAGAGCUCAUGAUUCAACUGCCCGGAGCACCAAGCAGGAGCAGCCACUUCCUGGGAAAGGAGUGCAGCUGGAGAUGGGGGAAAGCGAACCUCACUUGGAUUACCAUGAAGAUGACAAGAGGUUUCGCAGAGAGGAGUACGAAGGGAACCUUGUGGAGGCUGGCCUGGAACUGGAACGCGAUGAGGAUACUAAAAUCCAUGGGAUUGGAUUCGUAAAAAUACAUGCACCGUGGAAUGUGUUGUGUCGAGAGGCUGAAUUUCUCAAGCUCAAGAUGCCCACAAAAAAGAUGUAUCAGAUCAAUCAGACCCACGGUCUUCUGAAAAAGAUUAAUUCUGUCAUUCAAAAAAUAACAGAACCCAUCCAGCCAAAAGUAGCAGAACACAAACCUCAGACGGUGAAGCGCCUCUCCUACCCCUUCUCCAGAGAGAAGCAGCACUUAUUUGAUUUGUCUGACAGAGAUUCCUUCUUUGACAGCAAAACGAGAAGCACUAUAGUUUAUGAAAUAUUGAAAAGAACAACAUGUACCAAAGCAAAAUAUAGCAUGGGGAAAGGAGAGGGAAGAAAGAAGGAAACUACCCUUUUAAAUAAAAGACGAAAAUGUGGUAAAUAUGGGAUCACCAGCCUGCUUGCCAAUGGAGUUUACAGUGCUGCAUAUCCUUUGCAUGAUGGUGACUAUGAAGGUGAAAAUGUUGAACCUAACGACAGAAAACUCCUGUGUGAGGAGUGGGCAAGCUACGGUGUCUUUUACAAAUACCAGCCAAUCGACCUGGUGAGAAAAUACUUUGGAGAGAAGAUUGGACUAUAUUUUGCCUGGCUGGGAGUUUAUACACAGAUGCUUAUUCCAGCUUCAAUUGUUGGGAUUAUCGUUUUCCUAUAUGGCUGUGCAACAGUGGAUGAGAAUAUACCAAGUAUGGAAAUGUGUGACCAGAGAAACAACAUCACCAUGUGUCCCUUGUGUGACAGAACAUGCAGUUACUGGAAGAUGAGCUCUGCUUGUGCGACUGCUCGUGCAAGUCAUCUGUUUGAUAACCCUGCAACUGUCUUCUUCUCGGUCUUCAUGGCACUCUGGGCUGCCACCUUUAUGGAACACUGGAAGAGAAAACAGAUGCGUCUCAACUACAGGUGGGACCUGACUGGGUUUGAAGAGGAGGAGGAGGCAGUCAAGGAUCACCCAAGAGCGGAGUAUGAAGCUAAAGUUUUAGAAAAAUCACUGAGAAAAGAACACAAACAUAAAGAGAAGCACCGAUAUUUUCCAGAAGAGACAGCAAACAAAUGGAGACAAAGAACAGAUAAAGAAAAGCUGACGUGGAAGGAUCGUUUUCCAGCCUAUUUAACCAAUUUUGUUGGCAUUAUCUUCAUGGUAGGCCUGACGUUCGCUAUCGUGUUUGGAGUCAUCAUAUACAGGAUCUCGACUGCAGCAGCACUGGCGAUCAGUUCAACUCCCUCAGGCCGUUCAAGCGUUCGGGUCACUGUCACUGCCACCGCUGUCAUUAUCAACUUGGUUGUCAUCAUCAUCCUGGAUGAAGUAUAUGGCUGCAUUGCGAGGUGGCUUACUCAGAUCGAGGUGCCAAAAACUGACAAGAAUUUUGAAGAGCGGCUGAUUUUUAAGGCUUUCCUCCUGAAGUUCGUCAAUGCCUACACACCCAUCUUCUACGUCGCUUUCUUCAAAGGCCGAUUUGUUGGACGUCCAGGAGACUAUGUCUACAUUUUCCACUCUUUCCGAAUGGAAGAGUGUGCUCCAGGAGGUUGCCUAAUGGAGUUGUGUAUCCAGCUCAGUAUUAUCAUGUUGGGCAAGCAGCUGAUCCAGAACAAUUUAUUUGAGAUUGGCAUCCCAAAAAUGAAGAAAUUUAUACGCUACAUGAAGAUAAAGCGUCGGCGUUCUUUAGAUCAUGAAGAGCACAUGAAAAAAAAGCAGCGCUAUGAAGUGGACUAUAACCUGGAGCCUUUUGCUGGACUUACCCCUGAGUAUAUGGAAAUGAUUAUUCAGUUUGGGUUUGUAACUUUGUUUGUUGCAUCCUUCCCACUGGCACCUUUGUUUGCUUUGUUGAACAACAUCAUUGAAAUCCGUCUAGAUGCAAAAAAGUUUGUUACUGAGCUGAGGAGACCGGUAGCAGUCAGAGCAAAGGAUAUAGGAAUCUGGUAUAAUAUCCUCAGAGGUAUUGGAAAGCUUGCCGUCAUCAUAAAUGCAUUUGUGAUCUCAUUCACAUCCGACUUCAUUCCACGCCUCGUGUACCUGUAUAUGUACAGUGAGAAUGGCACCAUGCAUGGCUUCGUGAACCAUACACUAUCUUCUUUUAAUGUCAGCGAUUUUCAAGCAGGAACAGCUCCCAACGACCCCAUGGAUCUUGGCUAUGAGGUUCAGAUAUGCAGAUACAAAGAUUAUCGAGAACCCCCCUGGUCUGAAAACAAGUAUGACAUUUCAAAGGAUUUCUGGGCUGUCCUAGCAGCAAGAUUAGCAUUUGUGAUAGUUUUCCAGAACUUGGUCAUGUUUAUGAGUGAAUUUGUUGACUGGAUUAUCCCAGACAUUCCCAAGGACAUUAGUCAGCAGAUUCAUAAAGAGAAAGUUCUCAUGGUGGAGGUCUUCAUGAGAGAAGAGCAAGGGAAGCUGCAGAUGCUAGAAACCUGGAAAGACAAGGACAAGAAAAAAGGUGAAAAUUGCAACAACCACAGCCCCAAACUCCCCAGGAGCCACAGUGGGAGCUUGUCCUCCUGCCAUUCAUACCCUCUUGACAUCUAGAAGAGGAGGAAGUUGACUAUGUCAGGGCAUUCCACUGGUACACAAGCCAUCAUGUAAGGGGCAGGACUCGAUUAAUGGACAACCUGGUGCACGUUGAAGGAUGUGCUGCCAUUUUACUCCCAUCUUUGUGAGAAAUGCUCUUCUUACAAACAUGGAGGACCACAAUCUCUUUCUGAUAAUCUGUUUUUUCUUUUGCACAAGCGGCAAUGCAGGGAAUUUUUAUAUUUCAUUGUUAGAUAACACUAUUGACGGUGGUGUGCGUUAAGAAAUGCAGGUACUUGGUAUGUCUUGAUAGAGAUAUUCUCUGAGACUCUGACCUUAGCCUAUUAAUUAACUAAUUAAUGGUAAAUUUUAAGUGAUAAUAAUACUAGUAAUUUAAAAUAUUUUUGGAACCCCAGGCUUGAAGGUCUAUGGGGUAACUCCAUAAAGUGUAUGCAAAAUCAGCUUCAGAGUGUGCCCUAGUAUUCCUUUUGGCAGGACAGACAUCACGUAAUGCCUACCAGACUGACUUGCUUUCCAUGACAGGCUUUAGUUCUGCUGGCAGACAUCCGUGUGUGACGCUGGAGGUGUGAAACAAGCACUGGGGCACUGCCCUCUUCAGAAACAUCAGAAAAGUGAACCUGGAAAAGUUCUUUCUUAUCAGCGGAGGGCUGAUGUGGAUAUGAAGGUGCCCCAGUUGUGUGUGUGCAGAACCCCAGCAGCACCUUGCUUAUGGCCAGGCAGCAGCACCACAACUCUGGAGAUCCUCCCAGCAGGCAGAUGAUCACAGAGCAUUUGGUUAAAUGCCCUGAAUUCAUGAGCACACGUAGAGCCCUGCCUAGUACUUGGACACUGGUGUUGCUGAGGAAAUUCCCUUUUCCCAUUAGUUUAGCACAUCCCUUUCUCAGCCAGGCUUUUCUCUGUAGCCCUCUAUCCUCUGCAGGAGAGGUUUUCACAGCCAGUUGUUCCUGCAGAUGUUCUGCUGUUGAAUGGCACUUCAAGAAGGCUGUGCCAGAGGGGUAAAUCCAAACCACAUCCCACUUACUGUCCUCAAUGGAAGUUUUGCCUGCACUGGGGCUACAGGACCAGACCGUCAGUUAGUCACAGGACUUUUCUUUUGUCUUAAAAUACUCUAUCUUUUGUACAAGGAGCUUCGUUAAAGUAGAAGUCUAAAAUCCUUACUUACAAUGCCUAGCUAAAUCCCAUCAAUACACCUCUUUUGAAGCAUAGGACAUUUUAGUUUUGCUUUGUCAAAUGACAAAACUGCACUUCCGAAUAAUAUUGGUGCAAUUAACCUCCUUUCUCUUAUUGCUUUUUCUUGUCCAUGGCACUUACAUUACAAAUAUCAAACUGCAAAAUAAAAGAAAAAUGAAAGAUUUCUUUAAAGUCUAAUUACUGUAUGGUUUGUUACAAAACCGAACAUCAGAAGACUGUUUUCAAGAGAAGUUAGUUAUUUCUUUUUUCCUUUUCUUUUUUUCUUUGCCAAACUAAUUUAAAUAUUAAUGCUAGAACUUUAAAAAAGAAAAAUGCCAUAUUUAGCUUUUGAUAUAUUUAUUUGUUUUAAAGUAUGUGAUAAACUUGAUAUAUUUCUGUAGUCUGUCCAAACAAGGUACCAGAAAAGUAAUUAUGUGGAAGAAAGAAAAUGGUAUUAACCAAAUGUUCUUGAAGCUUAUUUAAGAUAUUGAUCCAACCAAAGAUUUUUAUUAAUAAAGGGCUUAUAUUUUGUUAACUCUUGUUUCUGUUGUAUUUUGACUUGCAGGAAUGUCACUAUUUUAAAAAUUUGUAACUUUGAUUUGUAAAUUUGAUAGCUUAUGACUGUAGGGACAAAUUCUGCCUGAUCUAUUCACACAAGCAUUAUUCCUGGUAGUAUUUACUAGAUCAGGCCCACUGACUGCAAUAGGACUGUGAGUGGGAAUAGAUCAAGCAGGAUUCUGUCUGUACAUCCGUGUUCUUCCGCUCAUUCCUUGGUGCCCAAAUGAUACCGAAGAAAGCCAAGUGUGAACUACCUGUUUUGAAGAGAAAUCUUUGGGGAACCACCUCAAAGGGGAUUUUAUCUGUAAAUACUUAUCCAAUAGUAUUCCCUACUUAAUACUGACAUUCCUGUAAAUGGUAGAACUAUAUCCUGAACACAUACUUAUCCGAAUUGUUCAUCAUUUGCUGAAAUCAUGAAAUAGUAACAGUCGCUUAUACUUUCUUUUGUAUAGUAAAUUGUUUGAAAUAGAAUUUUGUAUAUAUAAAAACCCUGUAUUACUACUUAGAGAACUAUAAAACUUUCAUGGAAUCAUUUUUUAAGAAAAGCAAAUAUAUAUAAAAUCUGGUUUAGUUC